AAACCUUUGGCUCAACAUUACAAAGUGACCCACAUCAAACUCUGCAAUUUUCUCUUCUCUUCUCUUCCACCAUCUAAACAUAGUUUUGAACCGAUGGCUCGGUUUAAUCUUCUAAUACCUUUGUUGUCACUAUUGCUUACUGUUUCUGUAUUCAUCCACCCGGCAUCGGCACAACUGCGAAGAAACUACUACGCCAAUGUCUGCCCCAACGUCGAAUCCAUUGUUAGAAACGCCGUAACACAAAAAUUUAAGCAAACAUUUGUCACGGUCCCUGCAACUAUCCGACUCUUCUUCCAUGAUUGCUGGGUCAAGGGUUGUGAUGCUUCUAUUAUAAUUGCGUCUACUGCAACCAACACGGCUGAGAAGGACCACCCGGACAAUUUGUCGUUGGCCGGAGAUGGAUUUGACACUGUGAUCAAGGCUAAAGCAGCUGUUGAUGCAAACCCAAACUGCAAGAAUAAGGUCUCCUGUGCUGAUAUUCUUGCCAUGGCGGCAAGAGAUGUUAUUGCACUGGCUGGAGGACCUUCAUAUGAUGUGGAGUUGGGAAGACUAGAUGGGUUGAGCUCAACAGCAUCAAGUGUUAAUGGGAAGCUGCCUCAGCCAGGCUUCAAUUUGAAUCAGCUUAAUGCCAUGUUCACUGCCAAUGGCCUAACUCAGUUAGACAUGAUUGCUCUUUCAGCGGCCCACACCGUCGGAUUCUCCCACUGCAGCAAAUUUGCAAACAGGAUAUACAGUUUCAGCCCUAAGAACCCAGUGGACACCACGCUCAACCCGCAAUACGCGAACGACUUGCAGACAAUGUGCCCGAGAAAUGUGGACCCAAGGAUAGCCAUCAACAUGGACCCAAACACUCCCAGAAUCUUUGACAAUGUCUACUUCAAAAAUCUCCAGCAAGGCAAAGGCCUAUUCACGUCGGACCAAGUCCUCUUUACCGACCGGAGAUCCAAACCCGCAGUAAAUGUUUGGGCCAACAACUCAUCUGCCUUCCAGCAAGCUUUCAUCUCAGCCAUUACCAAAAUGGGUCGGAUUGGUCUCAAGACGGCAAAAAAUGGGAAUAUUCGUCGUGAUUGUAGUGCAUUUAAUUAAGUGCAUGGAAAAAUAAUUUGCAAUUAAUUUUUUAAUAAGAAAAUUUCAUUCCAAUAAUGUAACUUGUGAUUUUUUUUUGAGUGGUAUAUAUCAUGGUAAUAAUGAUUAUUCGUUCUGGAAUAAAGAAUGUUACG